AUCCCCAAGUAUCUAUACACACUCAUUUGAUAUUUGCUGGUCCUUACACAGAGCACAGAAAGAUGAAAAUCUCCAACACCCCCAACACCACCAGCAACAUCACUGGCUUCAUCCUCCUGGGCUUCCCUGGCUCCAGGGAGGGCCACAUCUUCCUCUUUGUGCUCUUCUCUGGUGCCUACCUCCUGACCCUCAUGGGCAAUGGUUCCAUCAUCUGUGCUGUGUGCUGGGAUCAGAGACUCCACACCCCCAUGUACAUCCUGCUCGCCAACUUCUCCUUCCUGGAGAUCUGCUAUGUCACCUCCACGGUCCCCAACAUGUUGGCCAACUUCCUCUCUGACAACAAGGUCAUCUCCUUCUCUGGGUGCUUUCUCCAGUUCUACUUUUUCUUCUCCCUGGGUGCUACAGAAAGCUUUUUCUUAGCUAUAAUGGCAUUUGAUCGCUACCUUGCCAUCUGCCGGCCUCUACAUUACCCCACUCUUAUGACUGGACGACUCUGCUCCAAUCUUGUGGUCAGCUGCUGGGUAAGUGGUUUCCUCUGGUUUUUGAUUCCCAUUAUCAUCAUCUCCCAAAUGUCAUUCUGUGGUUCCAGGAUUAUUGACCACUUCCUGUGCGACCCAAGUCCUCUUCUAGCACUCACUUGCAAAAAAGCUCCUGUGAUAGAGCUUGUCUUCUCCACUUUAUGUCCUGUGCCCCUCAUCAUUCUCUGUUCCUUUAUCAUGGGGUCCUAUGCUCUGAUUUUAAAAGCUGUAUUCAAAGUCCCUUCAGCAGCUGGACGAAGAAAGGCUUUCUCCACUUGUGGGUCUCACCUGGCUGUGGUUUUACUGUUCUAUGGCUCAGUUGUUAUCAUGUAUGGAAGCCCAGCCUCUGAGCAUGAAGCUGGAAUGCAGAAGAUCGUUACUCUCUUUUAUUCUGUUGUGACCCCACUUCUUAACCCUGUGAUAUAUAGUCUUAGAAACAAAGAUAUGAAAAUGGCCCUGCAGAAAUUUCUGAGGCUAUUAAAAGUGUUAAUCAAAAAUGUUCUUGAACAAUUAGAGUCCAAAAUUGUAUUUAACUUAUUUACAAACAUUCACAAAAAUCGUAUUUAA